CCACGGUAAGCAAACUACACAAAAGAAGAACAAAACCCAAAAAUGAAUCAAAAAUUGAAAAAAAAUCAGACACAAAACUAACUCAGAAUUUCGCUUUCAACUUCACAACGCAACGCUCUCUUCAAUUUCAUAUUCUGAUGUCAAAAGUUGUUGAGAAAAACCCUACUAGUAAUAUGAAUGUGAAUGAUGGUGUUGCCGGAAACUGGUACACUUCAAUUGUUCAUCAAGUUUCAGUAUAUGGUGUUGCUGCUGGUUAUUGUUUAUCUGCGUCUUUGUUGUCAAUUAUCAACAAAUGGGCUGUCAUGAAAUUCCCUUACCCGGGCGCGCUUACCGCGUUACAGUAUUUCACUAGUGCUGCUGGAGUUUUGCUAUGUGGAUGGCUCAAGGUUGUCGAGCAUGAUAAGCUUGAUUUGAUGACAAUGUGGCGGUUUUUACCGGCUGCUGUGAUUUUUUAUCUGUCGCUGUUUACUAAUAGUGAGUUGCUGUUACAUGCCAAUGUGGAUACUUUCAUUGUGUUCCGAUCGGCUGUUCCGAUUUUCGUUGCUGUAGGGGAGUCGGUGUUCCUGCAUCGGCCGUGGCCGUCUUUAAAGACGUGGGCUUCGUUGGGGACUAUAUUUGCUGGAAGUGUGCUAUAUGUUGCUACUGAUUAUCAGUUUACGUUUGCGGCAUACAUGUGGGCGGUGGCGUAUUUGGUUAGUAUGACGAUAGAUUUUGUUUACAUAAAGCAUGUGGUUACAACAAUUGAGUUGAACACUUGGGGUCUUGUGUUGUACAAUAAUAUCGAGGCUCUUUUGCUUUUUCCGCUGGAAUUGUUGAUAAUGGGUGAGCUGAAGAAGAUAAAGCAUGAGAUCACUGAUGAGUCUGAUUGGCAUUCGUUUCCAGUGGUUUUGCCUGUGGCGUUGUCGUGCUUGUUCGGUGUUGCGAUCUCUUUCUUUGGAUUUUCGUGCCGGAGGGCUAUUUCUGCUACUGGAUUUACUGUUCUUGGUAUAGUGAACAAGUUGUUGACAGUUAUGAUUAAUUUGGUGAUAUGGGAUAAGCACUCGACGUGGGUGGGUACAGUAGGACUUUUGAUUUGUAUGCUUGGGGGGGUUAUGUAUCAGCAAUCAACAAGUAAACCGAAGGCUGCGAUACAAGAAACUAGACAAGAAGAUGAGGAACAACUGAAGUUGCUUGAAAUGCAAGUAAAUUCUGAGACCAACAUUAGUGAUAUUGAAGUUAAUAAAUCAAGGGAAGGAAAUUGAAAUUGUUUUUAUGUAACAAAAUUUCUAUACUUCCUUAAAAGUAUAUUUUUCACAGGUAACGAUCCAAAUUAUAUCAUUUUUUCACAACAGUCAAUCCAUUAUUGUUUACCAAUGAUAUAUCUCAGUGAAUGUCAUGCUCAUCGAAUUUCAGUAUGCAGCGUUUUGUUUACUUUAUAUUGGCUGUUAUGUUUUAAGUAAGAAACUAAACAUAGACAAAAGGAUUCCAAUAUGUUCGGAUUGCGUUACUUUAUAGAGUUCUAUUUGACAGACAAAAUGAUUCUCAAA